AUGUGGGAAAAAAGUGUGGAAAGCAUCUGGAGAGGAGGAGACCCCCUUUACCAGCUUGUUUCCUGUUCUGUGACUGGCUGCCACGUAAUCUUUUCUUCGUGCAAUUGUAUCUACCUGCACAGGCAGUCAAGCGACCAACAGCGAAGAUGCUUCUUUUUUCAGGGACGAAGAAAUACUGCUUAUAGUAUAGUUUGGCCAGCCACGGUUUCUCCAGCUCACUCGGUUCCUAAGCACAUAAAGAAGCCAGACUACGUGACGACAGGCAUUGUACCAGACUGGGGAGACGACAUAGAAAUUAAGAAUGAAGAUCAGAUUCAAGGGCUUCGUCAAGCUUGUCAAUUGGCCCGUCAUGUCCUGCUUCUGGCUGGAAAGGGCUUAAAGGUUGGCAUGACAACUGAAGAAAUAGAUUCCAUUGUUCAUCAUGAAAUAAUCAGACAGAAUGCCUAUCCGUCACCUCUGGGCUAUGGAGGUUUUCCAAAAUCUGUUUGUACUUCUGUAAACAACGUGGUAUGUCAUGGUAUUCCUGACAGUCGACCUCUUCAGGAUGGAGAUAUUAUCAACAUUGAUGUCACGGUGUAUUACAAUGGCUACCAUGGUGACACUUCUGAAACCUUUUUGGUGGGCAAUGUGGAUAAAUCUGGUCAAAAGUUAGUGGAGGUUGCCAGGAAAUGUAGAGAUGAAGCAAUUGCAGCUUGCAGACCAGGGGCUCCCUUCUCUGUAAUUGGAAACACAAUCAGCUCCGUGGCGCGGCGGGGCGGCUUCCAGGUCUGUCCCUACUUCUCCGGCCACGGCAUCGGGUCGUACUUCCACGGGCACCCUGAGGUGUGGCACCACGCCAAUGACAGUGAUUUCUUAAUGGAAGAGGGAAUGGCGUUCACAAUAGAGCCAAUAAUAAUGGAAGGAUCCCCCGAAUUUAAGAUUCUGAAGGAUAAAUGGACUGCAAUUUCUGUAGACAAUAAAAGAUCAGCCCAGUUUGAACAUACCGUUGUGAUUACCUCAGAGGGAGCAGAAAUCCUCUCUAAACUGGUGGAAGAAGCCUAA